CGCUAGCAACACAACGAUUCACACCAUUACAGCAAUGUCUCGUGCUCAGGUAUCCGUGGCCCUGUUGCUUGCGAUGGCCGCCGUCGGCUGCCAGCAGGCGCUGUGCUGGCGCGGCAGCUCCUACGCGCACCAGACGGCGCCUGUGGUGGGGCCCGCGCAUCGCGUCAGCGUCGGCGCUCACUCCUACGACUACGUGGCGCACCCGAAGUACGAGUUCGAGUACGGGGUGUCUGACGAGCACACAGGGGACCACCACUCCCAGAAGGAGCACCGCGACGGAGACGUGGUGACGGGCGAGUACUCGCUCAAGGAGGCGGACGGCAGCGUGCGCACCGUCAAGUACCACGCAGACAAGUCCGGCUUCCACCCCGUCGUGCACCACUCGCACCAUGUUCGUCAGCAGGUGGCUGUGAGUACCAUAGCAGAGUUAGCUGCCCGUUUGGGCGCCGCCUUGGAGAGACCAUUGAGCCUCUUCCCCGGCGUCCUUCGCAACAUGGUGUUCGCGCUGCUGGUGCUGGCGGCUGCCGCUAGAUGGCAGGAGGUGCUGUGCGGUGGGCACGCGCACUCUUACGUCCACCAAUCAGCGCCUGUCGUGGGCCCCGGGCAUCCCGUAGAGGUUGACCAUGGUCACGGCCAUGGACACGGACAUGGACACAGCGUCGACUACGUGGCGUACCCGAAGUACGAGUUCGAGUACGGGGUGUCUGACGGCCACACAGGGGACCACCACUCCCAGAAGGAGCACCGCGACGGAGACGUGGUGACGGGCGAGUACUCGCUCAAGGAGGCGGACGGCAGCGUGCGCACCGUCAAGUACCACGCAGACAAGUCCGGCUUCCACCCCGUCGUGCACCACUCGCAUCACGGCGGCAGCGCUGGAGCUGGAGGCUACGAUGGUGAUUAUGGAUACUGAAUACGACUAACCAGAUCGAUUCUACAACUAGUUAAUGGCUGUGAGGACUGUACAAAGAUGCUCAUCACUUCACUAAUGACACAGAUCUGCAUGUUAAAAUGUUUAAGAUUAGUUGUUUUCUUAUUUUUGAACAAUGAAUGGUUUUGUAUGCUUAAUAAAUUUGUCUGAUAUGUUAAAACAA